GAGUCCAGGGCGCAGCGUCAGCGGCAGUUUCAGCACCAGCGACCGGGCGAAGCGGAGCGGAGCUGUCCACACAUUCAGCACCCGACGGCCAGGGUACAUCUUCCUCCGGGACACGGAGACAGCUUAUUUCAGGAUGGCGUCUAAAUACGUCGGCCUUUUUGUCCUUCUCCAGCUUCUAUCCCUGAACGUAGUGAGCGAGAUAUCUGCCUUCCCCACACCUACAGCCUCCUCGGAUGAUAAAACUGUGUACAACAGAGAGUUGACAGAAGAAAGGCCACUACAAGACCAGAUUGCUGAGGCGGACAGUGUGAAGGCUGCAGUACAGUCAGCGGAGAGCAAGCGUCUUGCGGCCUCCAAGGACACAGAGUCAGAGCAGGACCUCCAUGACUUGACUGUGCUGAAGUCGCUGGCGGACGGCCAGAAAUCAAAGGGGACCUCUGAGGGGCCACCCGAGAAGGAGGACCAGUACGUUCCGGACGAAUCGGACUCAACCAAGAGCCGCCGUCUGGCUGAGGACUACGACUCCACCAAGAACAGGAUGGACGACGGCAAGUACCAGGAUGACCCAGAAAGUUUCCGCCAAAUCGACGGCACUCCGCUGACAGCGGAAGACAUUGUCCAGAAGAUCGCCAACAAGAUCUACGAGGAGGACGACAGAGGGGUGUUCGACAGGAUCGUCUUGAAACUGCUCAAACUGGGCCUGAUCACAGACAGUCAGGCAGAUACUUUGGAGUACCAGGUGGCCGAGGCGCUCCAGGACCUCAUCACCAAAAACGCCAGGGACAACGAGAUUGAGGAUGUUGACAGUAAUGGCCAAGAAACCAACGGAGAGGAAGAUCGAGGCUCGGACGCCGACAAGGACACCUGGAAGCCGCCCAGGCGCAGCUACAUCAAGGACGAGGAGGACGAGGACGAAAACAACGAUGAAGACGAGGACGAGGUGGAGGAGGUGGACAGGGACGCAGAAGAAGAAGGGGGCGACACGGCCGCCAAAACCUGGGACAAAGACACACAGGACGGCAACGAGGUGAGCCCCGAAGACGGGCUCCAGGAUCUGCAGUACUUCCCCAACUUCUACCGUCUGCUCAGGAGCCUCGACUCAGAUCAAGACGCUCAGGAGAGGGAGACAUUGAUCACCAUCAUGAAGACGCUGAUUGACUUCGUGAAGAUGAUGGUGAAGUACGGCACCAUCACCCCGGAGGAGGGCGUGUCCUAUCUGGAGAACCUGGAUGCUAUGAUAGCCAUGCAGACCAAGAACAAGCUGGGCAAAGCUCUCGGGCUUCCUGACUUCACUGGACCCAACGAAAAAGAUUUGGAUGAGGAAGACAACACCAAGGCGGAGGCUGCCAAGAUGCAGAAGGAGUAUGAGAACCUGAAAGACUCAACCAAGGAGGAGCAGCAGCCAACAACUGAGACCAAUCACCCUGGCAAGUCAGAGACUUACCUGGAGGCCAUCAGGAAGAACAUCGAGUGGUUAAAGAAACACAACAAAGACGAGGGCAAAGAAGAUUAUGACCUGUCCAAGCUGAAGGACUUCAUGGACCAGCAGGUUGACGCCUACAUUCAGAAGGGCAUCAUGGCCAAGGACGAGGGUGAAACCAUCAAGAGGAUCUACAGCAGCCUGUAACCCCCCCAUCGCCCAUCCUCCCUCCGGCCUACAACACAGGACUGAAUCUCAGAUUAACAUCUCAAACACUCUGACUACAGUAAUUUCCCAUGGCAUGGUAACGUAUUUACUGUGUAUUCAAAACUACCUGCUCCGUGGAACUUGUUAACCUUCCCGAAAUGUAUCAGGAGAAAGAAUUUAAUAAACUAUCAACAUAACAGUACUGAUUCUUCACAGCUACCUAACAGAUUGUAUUUGCGCGCCAAGAUCGCAGAGUAACCAUUUCACACAACUAAACGCUGGCAUCUAACCAGACUCCUGUGGGAAAUUAUUGUUAUGAGAGUAGGAUGUCAAAGCUGUCAACCAUUUAAUAUAAUUUUUGCAACAGAAUGCAAAUAUAUCAAAGUGUACUCAUUCAGUGUAAAACCUGUUUUAGCCUAUUUUAUUUACCUUUUCCAGUGUACGUGUAAGGUCCCUAUGUAAUCUUGCUUUUUAUUCUACCAAAAAUGUUUGUUGUGCAUCAUGUUAAGUGAUGAGCGACGUACUACAGUUAUGUUCUGCUGUAAUCCUUCUGGAUUACACUAGAGGGGCCCGUUGUACCAUCAAUGUAAUCUGCAUGUCUGCGAGUUCAACAUUUCCAUCUCUGUAGAGACUCAAGAUAAAUAUUUUUCAAUGUAAAUAUGUGAUUUUUUUCCUGAUAUAAAAGCAAUUAAAACU